AUGCAGGCCAUUAAGUGUGUUGUUGUAGGAGAUGGUGCGGUUGGAAAGACGUGUCUUCUCAUUUCGUACACCACCAAUGCGUUCCCGGUGCUAUUCGAUAACUACUCGGCAAAUGUGAUGGUCGACGGCAAGACCAUCUCUCUGGGUCUUUGGGAUACCGCCGGUCAGGAGGAUUACGACCGUCUCCGUCCCCUCUCCUACCCCCAGACCGACGUCUUCCUCGUCUGCUUCUCCCUCGUCAGCCCGCCCAGUUACGAAAACGUCCGGACCAAGUGGUACCCCGAAAUCUCGCACCAUGCCCCCUCAACGCCCAUAGUCCUUGUUGGCACCAAGUUGGAUUUGCGUGAAGACCCCACCACGAUUGAGAAGCUCCGGGACCGUCGGAUGGCGCCCAUCCAGUACACCCAGGGUGUGGAUAUGGCCAGGCAGAUUGGUGCCGUGAAGUACCUGGAGUGUUCUGCGCUGACCCAGAAAGGCCUGAAGACCGUCUUCGACGAGGCUAUCCGUGCCGUCCUCAACCCGCCCCCUGCGCCCAUGAGGAAGGGGAAGCAAGGCGGCAGCAAGUGCAUCAUCGCUUGA